UUUGCUUUGGGUCGGUGGGCGAGGUGGUGCGGCGGCGGGAGGCGAGGCUGCAGGAGCUGAGGGCGGAGGCAAGGUCCACCGAGUCGCGUCUGAGUGCCGCUGUGGACGCCGCCAGCUCGCAGCUGGCCCGGGCGCAGGAGGGGCUGCGGCUGAAGCGGCAGCAGCUGGAGGAGAACAGGGCGGCGAUCAGCAGCUGCGGGGCGCAGAUCCAGAGCAGCCAGGUGACGGAGGUGGGCGCCCGGGCGCUGCGGGAGGAGGCGGAGCGGGCGGAGGAGGCGUACCGCAGGAAGCAGUCCGAGGAGUCCUGCAGCCCGCUGCCCCGGCAGCUGGACGCCGCGCGGGCCGAGGUGGAGGGGCGCGGGCGGCGCAUCUCGGAGCUGCGGGCGGAGCGGCAGCGGGCGGCGGCGGCGGCGGAGGGGGGCGCGGCGCUGCGGAUGAAGCGGACGGACCUGGAGGCCAAGGAGGAGC